UGUUGGUGAGGAUCGAUGCUGGAGGGGAGCGAGGCGCGAGCGCGGAUCGGGAGCGCGCGCAUAGGAAGGACCGGGAGGAAGCAGCAGCAGCAGCAGCAGCUCAGUCGCCAGCGGAGACCAGGACGGUGGAUGAACGGAGCAAAGCGAGCAUCGUUUUCCCACAGCGGCUUCCCUCCGAGCAGCGCCCUACAGCCCGAAACCUGCCCGAAAAUGAUGCUGAAAGCGGCCCUCCUCUUCGGGGUGCUCGUCGGCAUCAGUCAAGCUUCACUGCAGGUUUCCAUAUCCUUGCACAAGGUGGAGUUAAGCGUUGGAGAGUCCAAAUUCUUCAUCUGCACAGCUAUCGGUGAGCCUGUAAGGCUGGAAUGGUUCAACCCUCUGGGUGAGCGUAUCGUAAGCAGCAAACGAAUGAAUCUGCAGGCGGAGGCGUCCCGAUCCCGACUCAUCAUCUACAACGCCAUCAUCGAGGACGCAGGGAUCUACCGCUGCCAGGCCACCGACGCCAGCGGCCACACGGAGGAGGCGUCGGUGGUGCUCGAAAUCUACCAGAGACUGACGUUCCGGGAUGUAAAGUCGCCUCAGGAGUUCAGGCACGGCGAGACGGCAGAGGUGGUCUGUGAUGUCAUCAGUUCGCCGGUACCGGUGGUGGUUUGGUACUACCAGGACAAAGAGAUCACAGAGGAGCACCACAGCAGGUUCCAGGUGCUGCCAAACAACAACCUGCAGAUCCGCCAGGUGACCAAGGCGGACGAGGGCGUUUACCGCUGCGAGGCCAGCGUGGAGGCCAGAGGGGAGAUCGACUUUGUGGACAUAGCCGUGGUCGUCAACGUUCCUCCGUCGUUAUCGGUCUUUCAGCAGUCCUUCAACGCCACAGCCGACUACCAGGAAUCAGUCACCUUUACUUGCAUCACUUCUGGAUCUCCUGAUCCUCUGGUCACAUGGCACAGGAAGGGGCAGCAGCUGGAGCCUUCAGAGAAGUACAUUUUCAGCCAGCUGGAGGGCGGACGCAGCAUGCUGACCAUCCGAAACAUCCGGCAGGCCGACGGAGGAGCGUUCUCCUGCAAGGCCUCCAACAAGGCCGGCUUCCAGGAGAGAGAACUUCUGCUCAAAGUGUUCGUCCAGCCCCACAUCACCCAGCUGAAGAACGUGACAGCCGUGGAGGGCAGCGCCGCCAUGAUCUCCUGCGUGGCCGAGGGCGAGCCUCUGCCUGACAUCUCCUGGAGGAGAGCCAGCGACGGACAGACCUUCGUGGACGGAGACAAGGCAAAAAGAAGCACCAAGGACCUUGAAGUUUUCAAGAGUCGGGACGGGCGGUUUGAGGUCCGCGGCCGUCACGGUAAAUCCGUACUGACCAUCAGCGGGGUGCGGCUCAGCGACCUCGGCCGCUUCGACUGCGAGGCUCAAAGCAGGAUAGGAGGCCAUCAGAAGAGCAUGUUUCUGGACAUUGAGUAUAUUCCUAAAUUCCUGACCAAUCACACCAUCUAUUACUCGUGGGAGGGGAACCCGGUGAACAUCAGCUGCGACGUGAUGUCCAACCCGCCCGCCACCAUGCUGUGGAGGAGGGAACGCUUCACCAUCUCAGAGGGAACGCCGCACAUGCAGAUCUACCGCACAGACGAGAAGUCGGUGCUGGAGGUGACUCCGAUGUCGGACCGAGACUUUGGCCGGUAUAACUGCACGGCCCGGAACAACAUCGGAGUCCGGUACCAGGAGUUCAUCCUGGCUCAGGCAGACGUCCCAUCCAAUCCGUACUCCGUCCGUCUGUCGGCCGUUUCCCAGCGGCUGGCGACCGUCACCUUCAUGAAGCCGGACUCUCACGGCGGCGUUCCCAUCAGCUUCUACCUGGUCCAGUAUAAAGAGCUGGGCUCCAUAGACUGGAGGGAUGUGAAGUCGCACAGCGUGCAGACCACCGUAGUUCUGACCGGACUGGAGCCCAACACGACGUACGAGGUGCGAGUCGCCGCCGUGAACGGGAAAGGUCAGGGAGAGUUCAGCCACACGGAGACCUUCCAGACUUUACCCAUCCGGGAACCGAGUCCGCCGGCGGUCCACGGCCAGAGGGGCGUGGGGAAGGCCUACAGGCUGGGGCUGGUCAAGCAGGAUGACGGCGGGAUGCCCAUCGUGGAAUAUAUCGUCAAAUACAAAACAGAUAAAGAGGAACAGUGGAUGACCAAGCUGGUUCCAGGAGCUAACGACUUUGCAAUGCUGCAGCCGCUGCAGUGGAACACGAGAUAUGAAGUGGAAAUCACAGCCCGCAACGUCAAAGGCCUAUCAGAGCCCACCUUCUAUCAGUUCUUCAUGCCACAGAAGCCCGACAUUACAGCAGAAUCCCUGUUCAGCGGCCUGGGGCUCGGCGCGGUGGUGGGCCUCGGCCUCGGAGCGCUGCUGCUGCUCCUGGUGCUGGUGGACGUCAGCUGCUUCUUCCUGCGCCACUGCGGCCUGCUCAUGUGCAUCACUCGCACGCUCUGCAGCAAGAAGACGGCAACCAGCGGCAAGGGCAAAGAGAUGGAGGAGGGCAAGGCGGCCUACCUGAAGCUGCCGCUGAAGGAAGAAAAUGGCAAAGAGUCUCUCAAGCCGGAUACGAUUGAAAUCAAAGUGCACAGCGACAACAGCAUCCACAUAAAGCCGGACGACAGCAAGGCUUAAAAAUAAAUAUAUAUAUAAAGUAACGGUAAAGAAGAACGGGGUCGGCUCCCCUCGCCACCAAAAGAACAUUCGGAUCACGAGACCAACGGCCUGGAAAAGUGAAAAUAGUGGAGUAAAAUACUAUAUCUGUUUAUAUUAAUGCCCGAAUGAAAGGCAUGUGUAAAUAAAAAUUAAGAGAGGAAACAGGAAGGAAACUUUUUGACAUCCAGAAUGCAUUUUGUUCAGUAGGAGCCUCUUAAAUGAUUGUAUUUUUUUUUAUUUUCUCUCUUUUAAUGAAAUUCUUCAGAAUUUGCUUUUCAUUGUUUUUUUAUUGUGGUUUGGGUUGGUGAAACGGCCGCCAUUUUUGUUUUUAAUUUUUGGCGUUUCAAUGUUUUGGAGACGUAGAAACAAAUCAAAUAACGUUUCUAAAUACUAAAAAAAAAAAAAAAAAAAAAAAGUGUUUUUGAUCUGAAAGUGACCCAAAGCCGUGGAAACACUCCUUUUUAUCUGAAAUCUGUCUUUAAUUUUGAAAAGAAAGAAACUCCUUUUCUGUUUUGGACUCUCUCUGAUGUCGUUGUGUGUUGUACAUAGGUGAAAAAAACCGGAUAUUUUACAGAGCUUUUAUGUAAAUAUAUUAAAAAAAGGAUGUCUCUUUUUCCACAGUGCAGAAGGCUUGGCUUUUGUUUUACUUCCUCUCCCCGUUGCGUUCAGGUUCUGGUGUAAUAUUGCUUUUUCCGCUCAUUUGCUUCCCCUUGAGGGAAACCCAAACCCCGAGGCGAUUCCACGGCAGUAAUUACGGCAUUAAUGUGCCUUUUCUUUCCUUUUCUUGCUCCCUUUUGUGUGGUUUCCUCCAUGAAAUCAGCUUCUGAUUUGCUGCUUUUUGCGCCAGAGAAAGUGGACUGUUUAUGGUGAUGCUGCGGGCUGCGGCGGCCGGCCGCUCUGGACUCACAGAUGUGGAACACGGUUCCGACAGAACAUAAGAAAAUGGAAAAAAAUGUUGUAUUUUCAGACUUUCUGUCUUUGUUUUUUUCCUUUUUCCCUUUUGCUAAUUUCCUGAUUCCUUCAGUCCCCCACUCCCUUUACUUCCUUGUCUCCUAACUUGUGUCCCUCCUUUACUUGUCUUUUUUUCCUCUGUUCUUUCGUUCUUUCUUUCUUUCUUACGUGUGUCCUUCCUUUUUUCCUUUCUUGUAUCCUAACUAACUCCCUUAAUUUUCUAUUUCAUCCGUCCUUCCUUCAGUCUUUACAUCCCUUCUUUUUAUUUUUUCCCUCCAUUUUUUAUUUAACUUUUCCUAGCUCCCUUUUUCCUGUCCUUCCUAUCUUUCCUUAUUUACUUGUCCUUCAUUCUUUACUUUCCUCCCUUACUUGUUUCCUUUCUUUCCUUCCUGGACUGGAAAUUCAGGGAAAUUGAGUCUUUUUACUUGAUAAAAUGUAGGAACCUGGAAGUAAACAGAGAUCUGGUUCUGUUGGUGUGUAACGCAUCAUUAUCAUAUGUGUGUGUGGGGGUGUGUGUGUGUGCGUGGGUGUGCAUACAUGCGUGUGUGCGUGAACAUUCAGGUUGCAUGUAUGUCUGUUGAAUGUAUCUGCACGUACUGUACCGUAAGUCCACGACCGUCUGCUCAUCCUGGUUUCAUCGAUGCUAAAAUCGAUUCAGAGUUCAGUUGGGUGAAAAUCCGACUCGGUUUCAGUUCCAGGCGUUUUUCUGUUUACGGGUCGCGAUGACGCGGUUCCGGACGGUGGGUAAUCCUCUCCCCGCCUCUGAGCUUUUAUCUCCAACCCGUGAAGCGCCGCAAAAAGAAAACAAAAAUGAAACAAGUACCUGCAUAUGUGAAUCGGGUUUGGUUCUGCUGCCUGUCGAUGAUCACUGUAAAUACCGGAGCACAGUGCCUGGAGGCUAUACAGUUUGUACAUGUUCUUUUUGUAUUUGAAUAUGAGUCUGAAGCCACUCUCGUUUCCUCGAUCCUUUCGGUUCUGUCUGGGGUUAAAACAGACGUGUUUGAGCUCAGUGUACAUUAUGUGUCCUCUCUGUCCCCAUGUCCCCUGGACUGUCUCUGCUGAAUUGUGCAGGAAGUGGGAACUAUCGAUGUUUCUCUGUAUGUACCUGUGGAACACUUGUGACUCGUAUCAUUUUGCCGCUGUAAAUAAACAUGUCCUGGUAGAAGAGA